AUGCCCACCCCUUCUCUUUCUCUUUCCAUCUCAUGGUGGAUCGUGUACCUGGCUGACCAUGUAAACGGCGAGCAGAAUCGCGAAUCCUACGUCCUCCGCGGCCAGACGCUCGGCCAGCUCCGAACCACAACGUCGUGUAGAUUGACGUGGCGCGCCUCCGACCAAGUGCUCAAGAAGUCCUUCCUUGCAUUUUUCCGACUCAGCAAGCACGAUGUCAAGGCCCUCUCCACGCUGCCUGAAGGCGUUGUCGUCCCCGAGGGCGCCAAUAAAAAGAGCAAGCGGACCCUCCGGGCGCUGGCCGAGACGAUGAAUAUCAACGUUGACUUCCUGACGACCGAGGAGUGGAGUGCGCUGAAGCAGAGGCUCGUCUCGAGCCUCAAUUACAUCCUCGACCAGAACAUGAAGCGCAAGACGCUGACAAAGUGGUUUGACGUCAGCCUGCAAAAGGAGGUCCUCAAGUGGCCAGACGAGGUCAGGAACGCAUGGAUUGACGACCGCUGGUGGGGGGAUGACGGCGCCAUUGCCGUGGACAUCAAGACAGAGCAGGACGGUGGGGACGACGGCGAGGAAGAAGGGGAGCAAGACAAAGAAGAGGACGAGGGCCAGCAGUCGUCCAGCGAACAACCUGACACCAACAACAAAAAUAACGACCACAACGACGACAACAACAACAGCAACAACAACAACAACAACAACAACAACGGGGAUAUGGAUGACGACGAGUACGACGGUGGUGGCUGGGGGGAGAUCCGCGACUGGGACCAUGAUGUCAAAGUCCAGCGGCUGAAGGAGCAGCGGGAGAAGGAGCAGCAGGCAUUACUUGAAGUGUCGCUUGCGGCUCGUCCUCCAGACCCGCCGCAGUCCCGCCGGUCCGUCAUCCGGCCGUCGCAUGCCGGCGAGCAGGCCAUCACUAUCCACGACGGUGACGACAACAACGAACGAGGUGGCGACAGUGACGUAGAGAUGAGCGACUGGAUUCAUCGGGAGCGGUCACACCAGAAGGAGGCUCGGCCCGAGGCGUCAUCUGCAAUACGACGCACGCCGCCUCUGCCGGCCGCGUCGCGGCGUCCUGCUGGUCCGGCCCCACACCGAAUCCAAACGGCCCCACAACACCCAUUUGCUGUUACACGACCCAUACGGCCGGAUCCACACCCGGAUCCGCACCCGGAUCCGCAUCCAUCCAACAAUCCAUUCGGUGCUGUGCAUCCUGCCGCCGUUUCGCGACCCACGCCAAAGUCCGCGUUCGCGUACACAUCCGCUCUGCCGGACCGGAAUCUAUUUGCAUUCAGUCUGCAGCAGCAAAAUUCAUCUCGGCCGAACUCGCUGUCCCGCGCUGCCGCUGCCGCUGCCGCUGCUGCCAUGCAAACCGGGCCUCCUCCUCCUUCUCCCCCUCCUCCGAAGUACCCGAAUCCACAUGCCGCCGUGCCGCCCAAGACUCCCGUACGUCCGUUAAGACUUGUUGCUGCUCUUCAGAAUCGUUCGCAACCGGAUCCACAGCGUCCUGCUUCUGCCGUGCAUUCCAGACCUUCUCCUCCUCCUUCUCCCCAUCAUCACUCCGUUAUCCAUCACAGGGCCCAGCCCAACACGACAGGUACUCUUGCUGCUGCUGCUGCUGUUGGUAAUGCGCGGCCCAGACCUUCCUACCCCGAUCCGCGACCAUUCGCCAGUGUGCCGCCGCCGCUUCCAGCCUCCUUUGGCCUUCUGGCCCCCUCGGCUCUGCCACCGCCCGUCAUCUCGCCGUCAAAGAUCCAGCAAAGCGGCGGCGGCAAUAACACACAAACUGUCGCCCUCUUCCCUCAACGGCACGAGCAUAACGGCCCUCACACCACCGCUUUCGCUCCCGCUCACAAUGACCGAGAGGCGGCGGCCCGACACCCGACUGCACCGACACCUGCAGAGACUGUCGCCGCCACCGCCGUCGCCAACCUGGCUUCCCCAACCGGAGUGGCUGGUCCCCUUGCCGACCUCGGCCAGGCCGAACGCUUGUUCCGGCAUCGCGCCGUCCACCAAGCCGAGGCCUACUUCGAUACCAUCGGCACCCUUGCGUCCUGGGCCUCGGCCUCGGCCUCGUCUUCAGCACCCCCCGAGGCCCGGGACUGUAACGUCCUCCUGCUGCUUGCGUCUCUAGCCGUAGCCCCUAUUCUGCCCCUCGUGCCGCCUAGCAACAAUCGCAUGGCGCCAGCCUUCCUGCAGUCGGCAUCCACGCCGCUAGGACGGGCCUCGGUGGACCUCCAGUGGGCCUUUGAGGCCCGCAACUCAGCCGCCAAGACAGCCAGCAGUGCUCUCAGGCGUGCAGGGCUCCUGUUCCAUCCACCCAUGGACGCUGUCGAGGCAGCAACCCAGGAUACUGGUAGGCUGACACCGCUCUGUUUGAAUUUACCGUGGUGGGCAUCGCCUGGGUUUGCUACCAUAGUCCGCUGUUGA